ACAGUCUUCCAACACUCAGCAGUGGAGCUGUGGAACUGUGGCAGCCGUGGCGGCCGCCUCUCACCCUCCCACGUCCCCGCUUCCAGUAACCGACACAGCACCGCCGAUGCGCGGAUCCGCCUUCCGCCAGAGUCCCGUCACUCCUCCGCCCGCAGCUGUCCUCCUGUCCGGGGCUCGUCCGUCCGCCUGCCCACUCCUGUGAACGCACCCUCCGGUCCUCCGGUCCUCCGGUCCUCAGCUCCCGCCGCUCCGCUCCGCUCUCACCCUCCGGUUCUGAAUGACGGGCGGUCGGUUCGACUUUGACGAUGGCGGCACCUACUGCGGAGGCUGGGAGGACGGGAAAGCCCACGGCCACGGCGUGUGCACCGGACCCAAGGGCCAGGGAGAGUACUCCGGGUCCUGGUCCAACGGGUUCGAGGUGGUGGGGGUCUACACCUGGCCCAGCGGGAACCUGUACCAGGGGUACUGGGCGCAGGGGAAACGACACGGACUGGGCGUGGAAACCAAAGGGAGGUGGAUUUACCGGGGGGAGUGGACGCACGGGUACAAGGGCCGGUACGGGGUUCGGCAGAGCCUGAACACACCGGCCAGGUACGAAGGCACCUGGAGCAACGGGCUGCAGGACGGCUACGGCGUGGAGACGUACGGGGAUGGAGGUACAUAUCAGGGUCAGUGGACCGGUGGGAUGCGUCAUGGUUACGGUGUGCGUCAGAGCGUCCCGUACGGCAUGGCCUCGGUCAUCCGCUCACCGCUGCGAACGUCGCUGGCGUCCCUCCGCAGUGAACAGAGUAACGGUACAGUCCUGCGCGACAGCCUGUCCGACAGUCCUGCCGGUACACGUGGCGGCUUCGUCCUCAACUUCCACUCAGACGGAGAAGGUCCAGAGAAGAAGAAGGGCCUUUUCCGCCGUGGUUCCAUCUUCGGCAGCCUGCAGCGACUGCGCAAAUCAGACUCCCGCUCUUCCAUCUCUAGCAAGCGCAGUUCGGCCCACAGCGACACCACCAUGAGCCGCAUCAGCUCAAGUGACGCCAAUUCCACCAUCAGCUUUGGAGACGGAGACCCCGGCGAUGACUACCUGCCUCUGGAGGACAACGUGGACGCCACCACCACAGAGUCCUACAUGGGGGAGUGGAAGAAUGACAAACGCAGCGGCUUCGGCGUCUCUGAGCGCUCAAAUGGAAUGAAGUAUGAAGGCGAGUGGUUGAACAAUAAGCGUCACGGCUACGGCUGCACCACCUUCCCCAACGGCACCAAAGAGGAAGGCAAGUACAAGAACAACGUGUUGGCCCGGGGAAUCAGAAAGCAGCUGAUACCACUGAAGAACACCAAGGCCAAACAGAAAGUGGAUCGGGCCAUUGAGGGCGCCAUAAGAGCUGCAGCCAUCGCCAGAACCAAAGUGGAGAUCGCAAUCUCUAGGACAUCCCACGCCCGGGCCAAAGCAGAUGCUGCAGACCAGGCCGCCCAGUCCGCCAGUCAGGAUUCAGACAUUGCCAGAGCCGUGGCCCGAGAGCUGUCGCCAAACUUCCAUCAGCCAGGCCCUGACUACAUACGACAGAAGUACAAUGAGCCAAUAGAAGUGAAGGAAGUUCCUGAGGAGAAACAGGAGAAAUCUCCAUCAGGAAGCCCUCAUUUUUACCGCAAAGGCACCACACCCAACCAGUCUCCAUCACAGACCCCAGCUCCCAGCCCGACUCCAUCACCCACUGUCACCAAGAAGACGUUUUUCACCAGUAAGACUCCUGCCACCGUCGCUCCUGCAGUGCCUGCUGGGAAAGAAAACAAAAGCCCAACACCCGAGGCUUUAACCACAGGUAUAACAAAGGCAGCGUCUAAACUUUCUCUCAAACAUGAAGUGAAGCAGCAGGAGGCUCCAGUGCCCCUUAAACCAGCCGCUGCCUCCUCGGCCAGCAGCAAUGGGCAGAUCCACUCCCAGUUCCACAGCUACUACGUCAAGGCCGACGUCAAAGCUCUACCGCCCGAUGACAUGAUCGGUCUGGAGGACGACUUCCACCCAUCUAGUCUUGCACGUUUGCCGCCGCCUGCCAAACCGUACGGGGCUGCGGCUGUGGCGUCGCCGCCUGUUCGCAGUCCGUCGCCAGCCCCGCCAAAGGACAGCACCAAAGCUCCAGAGCCCUCCAAGCCAAAAAGACAGGAGUCAACCAAACCAAAGAGCCUGGCAGAAACCAAGAAAGCUAGUAUGGAAAUUGUGCCUGAAAUGGUGGAGGACGAGUCAGGCCCGAACUCUAUCCUGGUGGCUCUUGUGAUGCUGUUGAAUGUUGGUUUAGCGAUUAUUUUUGUCCAUUUUCUCACCUGACCAAAUCUGAACUCAGUGGAGGACUCGUCCAGACUAGUCGCCCGAGCCACUAAUUCUCCAUCAGCCAAAGGGGCCUUUUAAAAAAAACAAAAAAAGGUGCCAGUCAGAAUGACCGGCAUGGGUAUAACAGAGGACUGAAAAAAGGAUUGGGUAAAGGAGGAAGAGAAGAAGAAGAAGAAGAAGAAGUGGAGGAAUAAACACAUGCGAGAGAGAGAGAGAGAGAGCGAGAGGAGGUGAAAAACAAGUAGAGUGAGAAAGAUGAAACCUCCUCCAUCACCCCUCCCCCCCACACCACCACCACCACCACCCCUCUGUGGAAGGACUGAAUGACUGUCUUUAGUGCUCGAGUCCAACCUGAUUGGGCUGGCGAUGAUUUGUGACUCCACUCAGAGUGCAAUGAAAGCUGAAGCAAGCAGUCACUGGUUGGAAAUAGGGCAUGCAAGAGUUAAAAAAAAAAAAAAAAAAAAAAA